UUUCAUACUGUCAAACUGUAAAGCAUUCACAAACUAUCGGUAAACGUCCCAAAAAAUUUCAUGUCUCAUACUUUCGCACCGUCUUGGAAUCCCUGUCAGGUAUUCGGAGAUACAGUGCGAGAAUCUAACGAAUCCAAUAGUUCCAACGUCCCUGAAGCAUUGCGUAGAGUAAAGACUCUAGCUAAGGCAUUGCCGACAGAACUUAAAAAAGUUAAAGCGACAUGGAAGUCCUUGCUACCAGUACUUUCGGCAGAGGACGUCAGAAGGUAUCGCAUUCCACAUCACGAAGUUGUCGGAUUGGAACUGGAAGAAGCUGGAUAUGACGACGCAGCACGAUAUAUAAAGAUGCUUAUUACCCUCGACGAAGAAUUGCGAAAUCAGGCUGGUCCCGGUACCGUGAUUUGGACCAACCCUUGGCUCAAAGACCGCAGCGACUUUGUCGAUCGUUUAAAAUUCGGUUUAGCUGAAGCAAACAGAGCAAUGCUGAACGAUGAACGGGCUGCUCAGGCGAAUGCUCUACUAGAGACGGCGUUAUACUUUCAAGAAAAAACCUGGGAAUGGUGGUGGAUUGCGGAGCAACUCUUCCGGAGCGCUCUGACCGUUGCCGAAUCAAUCAAAGACGAUAGCCAAACCGUAACGACCAUAAAAUACCUGUAUGGACGGUUUCUUUUGAACGAAAUGAAAGACGCGGACGGAUCUUUGAAAUAUUUGGAGGAGUCUCGUGAGGCGUCUCAUGACAAAGCUUGGAAUGCAUCAAAGAUACUUGGCAUCAAGCAAAACAGUCUCUUCAGGGAAUGUUGCGCACUUUUGUAUCGCGUAUUCUUGUCGUUGGCCAGAAAGGGGCAUAAAGAUAAUGCAAACAUCGCGGUCAAGGCCUGCCAAAAAGCGUUGAAGCAUGCUAUGGACUGUAAGAUGAUUAGACGAUAUGUACAUGAUCGACUUUAUCAUUGUUCUAUAAACUCUUUGUUAAGCUGUGAACUGGGAAGAAGUUACCUUCAGGCAAAAGAGGCCAAGCUGGCCUUACAAAAUUUUAUUAAAUAUCUAAACCUCUCCAGAAAAAUGCUCGACUACGAAGGAAUAUGCAACGCGCACAUGGAACUGGCCUCUACCUACAAGGUUUUCAAAUGCUAUUCACUCGAGUUGGGCGACGUGGCGAACACCAUGGAACAAUUAGAGCUGUUUCGAGAAACUGCUUCGCGGUUCCGAAUACCCUCUAAACUAGCACAGGCCCACUAUCUUAUAGGGAAACAUCUCCUUAGCCGAAACUACCUUCCACAGGCUACGGCACAUCUGGAGUUUACAUUCUCGCUUUAUAAUGAUUUGGGACAAUCAGCCGAAGCUCAUCAAGCUCGCUGCUUUGCGGCUGUUUCGAAGGGGCAAGAAUAUAUAGAUCAAUAUAUAGAGCAGUUGCUCAAAUGUGGAAAUAACGAUGAAUCUGCUACCCUGAGGCUCUGCGCUUGGAAAAAUGAUCGAACGCCAUUUUGGCUGGCGAAAAAAUAUGCAAACGAGAUGACUGGGGAAGGUAAUGCCGUAAUGAAAAAAAUAUCAAGUAAUAAAGUUUAUAGAAGCGAAAUUAUUCAAAGCCUGGCACCGAUCAUUAGAGUUCUCUCUGAGGAUUUCGUAGCCUACGAUACUACUGUCAAUCCGGAUUAUAUGAGAGAAAACUAA